UUUACCACUUAGGGUUCAUUAAAACCCCUAAUUCAAUUAUCCUCUCUGGGUUUCUGUAAAUUUCAAAUCGAUCGCAUCGAAAUCGAAAUCCUCUUUCGUUUUCUAUUUCAGAUUCCGAAAACCUUCUUCGAUUUACGGGAUUAGCCGAUUAAGAUUCACCAAUAUUCCUCCUCGAAUCGAUGGCGGCGAAUUUGACGGCGGGAGCGGUUGCGAAGAUGUUGAACGGAGCAGUGUCGAGCGAGGCAGAAAUGGUGCCGAUUCUGCAGGUGACGGACUUGAAGCUGAUUCAGAGCAAGCUUAAACAAUCACGGCAAAACCAGGACUUGAGUCAGGAGAGAUAUAAGCUCUCGUUAUCCGAUGGUUACAAAACGCAAGAAGGAAUGCUUAAUACUAACAUGAACACCCUCGUGAAUCAAGGGACUAUUCAAGUUGGGUCGAUUUUGAGACUCACACGUUUCGUCUGCAACCUCAUUCAGCAUCGAAGGAUUGUUAUGGUUUUGGAACUAGACAUUAUUGCGGAGAAAUGCCAUAUAAUCGGAAAUCCUGCACAAACGUUGACGCCUAUUGCACAACCCGUUGGUAAUCCUGAGCAGCAACAAGCUAGAAGGAGUGAAUUGAAUGGUGUUCGUCAAGUUAACGAUUCUUCAGCAGCGAGAUUUGGUGUAGCCAAUCCACCUCAACCUCAUGUUCCUGAAACAUCACUUUCCACUCUACCAUAUGUGAGCUCAACUUCAGGUUAUGGAAGCUCUAGGCAGGAGCAAAUCAGGCCUCCUCAAGCAGCUUCUUCUCGUCCAGUUCAGCCGAGUUAUAAGCCUCAACAACAGCCUCAACAACCAUCGAUGUAUGUUAACAGGGGACCAGUGGCUAGAAACGAAGCUCCUGCGAGGAUAAUACCAAUCUCUGCUCUUAACCCUUACCAGGGUCGGUGGACCAUCAAGGUCAGGGUCACGAGUAAGGGAGAACUUAGGCGUUUUAAUGGUCCUCGUGGGGAUGGGAAGGUGUUCAGUUUCGAUCUAGUUGAUGCUGAUGGUGGAGAAAUUCGGGUGACUUGUUUCAAUGAUGUGGUUGAUCAGUUCUUUGACGUGAUUGUAGUUGGUAAUGUUUAUCUGAUCUCAAAGGGGAGUUUGAAACCUGCUCGGAAGGAGUAUAAUCAUCUUCCCAAUGAUUACGAAAUACAUUUAGACAAUGCGUCAACGAUACAGCAGUGCCACGAGGAUGAUGCUGCCAUUCCACGCAAUCAGUUCCAUUUCCGUAACAUAAGUGAUAUUGAGAACAUGGAGAACAAUGGUAUCACUGAUCUAAUUGGUAUUGUGUCGUCCAUCAGUCCAACGGGGUCGAUUAUGCGGAAGAAUGGAACUGAGGCACAGAAGAGGGCACUUCAGUUGAAAGAUAUGUCUGGUCGAAGUGUUGAGGUAACCAUGUGGGGUAAUUUCUGCAACGCAGAAGGACAGAAGCUGCAGAAUCUUUGUGAUUCUGGGGUGUUCCCGGUUCUUGCUGUCAAGGCGGGUAGGAUCAGUGAGUUUAAUGGGAAGCAAGUGAGCACCAUUGGAUCAAGUCAGUUAUUCAUAGAGCCAGAUCUCCCUGAAGCCAGAGAAUUGAGGGAAUGGUAUGAGCGAGAAGGACGGAAUGCUCCUUGUACCUCAAUAUCUAGAGAGUUUUCCGGCUCUGGCAGAGAAGAGGUUCGCAAGGUGAUCACUCAGAUCAAGGACGAGAAGCUAGGGACUUCAGAGAAGCCGGACUGGAUCACAGUGAGUGGCACCAUUUCAUUCAUGAAGGUUGACAAUUUCUGCUACACAGCUUGUCCUAUCAUGAAUGGAGAUCGUCCAUGCAGCAAAAAAGUGACCAAUAACGGAGAUGGGACUUGGCGGUGCGAGAGGUGUGACCGAUGUGUGGAUGAAUGUGACUACAGGUAUAUACUGCAGCUCCAGUUACAGGACCAUACAGGAAUAACCUGGGCCACAGCGUUUCAGGAAGCUGGUGAGGAGAUAAUGGGAAUGCCUGCGAAAGAUUUGUAUUAUAUGAAGUAUGAAGAUCGGGAUGAGGACAAAUUCGAAGACAUCAUCCGCAAGGCUGCGUUCACCAAGUACAUCUUCAAGCUGAAGAUUAAAGAAGAAACUUAUAGCGACGAACAACGUGUUAAAGCAACAGUUGUUAAAGCGGAAAAGGUGAACUAUUCUUCAGAUACCAGGUUCCUGUUGGAUGCAAUAAAUAAACUCAGAACAGAAGAUGCAAAUCCUCUCCCUAUAAACCAGGUGACUUCCAGUCACGGGUCUGGUGCAUUCAACUCCGGCAUUGGAACCUCAGGGACCAGAGAGACGUCAUCAGUGGACGUACCACGCAGAGAAAUUAGAUUACCUGCAGCAAACCAAGUGAGUCAGUUUGGCAAUGAACACACUAGCGGUUCAAGACCACUUGGCGGUAUUACUUACUGUAACGCAUGUGGUGGCAAUGGUCAUGCUGCUGACAACUGCCCAAGCUUUAUGAGUGAGCCGCAAGGACAACACACGAGUAGUGCUUACAGAAGCACACCGGGAGGAUACGCAGCAGGAGGCAUGCCAAGGCAACAUGUUCGCAGCUAGUGAACGACUUAUGUAACUAUUUCAUUUUAUCAUCAUUAUCAUCAUCAUCAUUAUCAUCAUCAUCAUUAUCAUCAUCAUUAUCAUCAUCUUUCUAGAUUUGCAUACUGAGGUCAGAGGCUGUUUUGACCGUUUGAAGUUUCCUUCUACAUAUUUCAGUAGCCUUUUUUUUGUGGAUCUUUAGUUUCUUUUUUCUUGGCUUUUUCAUUGGACACUGAAGAUGUUGGUACUUCGCAUCAGUCUCUUUAUUGUUAGAUAAAGUAAAGUUCUGUGAUCAAAUAAAGCCAAAUUACUUUA